UUCGCGCUCCUUUUCCCCGCCACCGUUGCCCCCGGGUUCCCCUGAUUUUACCCGGCGGCAGUUUGCUAUCUCGGCGGCCAGAAUGGAGCGAGUGGACGAACUGGAGCUGCUAAUGGAGAAGAGUUUCUGGCAGGAGGCUGAGCCACCGGCGGAGCUAUUUCAGAAGAAGAAGGUGGAAGCUUCCUUUUCUAAGAUAGUUCUGAGCCGAGGAAUGGAUAACCGGUACCUGGUAUUAACAGUCAAUAUUGUGCGGAGUGAAGAAGGAAACCAUGAAAAGCACCUAACCAUCACUGCUUCCCAGUCACUGGAAUAUAAAGAACUGUGUAUCCUUAGGAAUGAUUGGUGCUCUGUACCAGUAGAGCCAGGGGACAUCAUUCAUUUGGAGGGAGACUGCAUAUCCGAUACUUGGAUAAUAGAUGAAGAUUUUGGAUAUUUGAUUCUAUAUCCCGACAUGCUGAUUUCUGGCACAAGCAUAGCCAGUAGUAUUCGAUGCAUGAGAAGAGCUGUCCUGAGUGAAACAUUCAGGAACUCUGAUCCAGCCACACGCCAAAUGCUGAUUGGUACGGUUCUUCAUGAAGUAUUUCAAAAAGCUGUAAGUGAUAGUUUUGCCCCAGAAAAGCUACAAGAACUUGCUUCUCAAACUGUUCAAGAAAUAAGGCAUCUGAAGGAAAUGUACCGCCUAAAAUUGAAUCAAGAUGAAAUAAAACAAGAAGUAGAGGAGUAUCUUCCUUCAUUUUCUAAAUGGGCUGGAGAUUUCAUGCAUAAACAUACUUCAACUGACUUCCCUCAGAUGCAGCUCUCUCUGCCAAGUGAUGGUAGUAACAGUAAUUCAACAUGUAAUAUUGAAGUUACAAACUCGCUGGAUAUUGAAGAAAGCAUUUGGUCCCCUAGGUUUGGAUUGAAGGGCAAAAUAGAUGUUACAGUUGGUGUGAAAAUACAUCGGGGAUGUAAAACAAAAUAUAAGAUAAUGCCAUUGGAACUUAAAACUGGCAAAGAAUCAAAUUCUAUUGAACACCGUAGUCAGCUUGUUCUGUAUACACUGCUAAGCCAAGAGAGGAGGGCUGACCCAGAGGCUGGCCUGCUUCUCUACCUGAAGACUGGCCAGAUGUACCCUGUGCCUGCCAAACAUCUUGAUAAAAGAGAAUUAUUAAGACUAAGAAAUCAGAUGGCAUUCUCUUUGUUUCACCGUAUUAACAAAUCUACUGGAGAGGAGAAGACAAAGCUUGCUCCUUUGCCACAAAUAAUUGAGGAACAGCAAACCUGUAAAUACUGUUCACAGAUGGGCAACUGUGCUCUCUACAGCAGGGCGGUUGAACAACAGAUGGAAGACAGUUCAGUCCCGACCAGCAUGUGGCCCAAAAUAAAAGAAGAAACUCAGCAUCUCAAGCUUAUACACUUAGAGUAUUUUAGCCUUUGGUGUCUAAUGUUAACCCUGGAGUCUCAAUCAAAGGAUAAUAAAAGAAAUUACCAACAUAUAUGGUUAAUGCCUGCUUCAGAAAUGGAGGAGAGUGGCAGCUGCAUUGGGAGCCUGAUUAGAACAGAACAUGUAAAGACAGUUUGUGAUGGACAGUAUUUACAUAAUUUCCAGCGUAAAAAUGGAGCCAUACCCAUCACAAAUCUAAUGGCAGGUGACAGAAUUAUUUUAAGUGGAGAAGACAGAACAUUGUUUGCCUUGUCUAGGGGAUAUGUGAAGGAGAUUAACUCAGCAACAGUAACCUGUUCAUUAGACAGGAACUUGUCAGGACUCCCAGAAUCAACUUUGUUCAGAUUGGACCAGGAAGAAAAAAAUUGUGAUAUAGAUACCCCAUUAGGAAAUCUUUCUAAACUGAUGGAAAAUACUCAUGCCAGCCAAAAACUUCGAGAUUUAAUCAUUGACUUGCGUGAACCGCAGUUUAUAUCCUACCUCAGUUCUGUUCUUCCACAUGAUGCAAAGGACACAGUUGCCUGCAUUCUGAAAGGUUUGAAUAAGCCUCAGAGGCAAGCCAUGAAAAAGGUACUUCUUUCAAAAGACUACACCCUCAUCGUGGGUAUGCCUGGAACAGGAAAAACAACUACAAUAUGUACUCUCGUAAGAAUUCUCUAUGCCUGUGGUUUUAGUGUUUUGUUGACCAGCUAUACACACUCUGCUGUUGACAAUAUUCUUUUGAAGUUAGCAAAGUUUAAAAUCGGAUUUUUGCGCUUGGGCCAGAUUCAGAAGGUACAUCCCGAUAUCCAAAAAUUUACAGAGGAGGAAAUUUGCAGAUCAAAGUCCAUUAAAUCUUUAGCUCUUUUAGAAGAACUCUACAAUAGUCAACUUAUAGUUGCAACAACAUGUAUGGGAAUAAACCAUCCCAUAUUUUCUCGUAAAACUUUUGAUUUUUGUAUAGUGGAUGAAGCCUCUCAAAUUAGCCAGCCUAUUUGCCUAGGGCCACUUUUUUUUUCACGGAAAUUUGUGUUGGUGGGGGACCAUCAGCAGCUUCCUCCCCUGGUGCUAAACCGUGAAGCAAGAGCUCUUGGCAUGAGUGAAAGCUUAUUCAAGAGGCUGGAGCAGAAUAAGAAUGCAGUUGUACAGUUAACUGUGCAAUACAGAAUGAACAGUAAAAUUAUGUCCUUAAGUAAUAAACUGACGUACGAAGGAAAGCUGGAGUGUGGAUCAGAUAAAGUGGCCAAUGCAGUGAUAAACCUACCUAACUUUAAAGAUGUAAAGCUGGAACUGGAGUUUUAUGCUGAUUAUUCAGAAAAUCCUUGGCUGGUUGGAGCAUUCGAGCCAAACAAUCCUGUCUGUUUUCUUAAUACACACAAGGUUCCAGCACCAGAACAAGUGGAAAAGGGAGGUGUCAGUAAUAUAAUGGAAGCCAAAUUCGUUGUUUUCCUGACCUCAGUUUUUAUUAAGGCUGGUUGUAAACCCUCUGAUAUUGGUAUCAUUGCACCAUACAGGCAGCAGUUAAAGGUCAUCAAUGACUUAUUGGCACAUUCUUCUUUUGGGAUGGUCGAAGUUAAUACAGUUGACAGGUACCAAGGAAGAGACAAAAGUAUCAUUCUAGUAUCUUUUGUUAGAAGCAAUGAAGAUGGAACUCUUGGUGAACUGUUGAAAGAUUGGCGACGUCUUAAUGUUGCUAUAACCAGAGCCAAACAUAAGCUGAUUCUCCUGGGAUGUGUGCCCUCACUAAGCCGUUAUCCUCCUUUGGGGAAGCUACUUAAUCAUCUAAACUCAGAAAAAUUAAUCAUUGAUCUUCCAUCAGGAGAACAUGAAAGCCUUUGUCAUCUAUUAGGUGAUUUUCAAAGAAAAUAAAGCACUGUUUUCCUUGCUUUUUUCAUACCAUGAUGAUCUCCUCUAACUAUUGCCUAUUAUUUAUAAUUUGGACAUGCUAUAAAAUCAGUGACUGGUUACACUGUGAUGAUAACCUUUAUCCCAAGGGUAAGAAAUGAUGUAAAUAUAUAUACUCAUUCAGAGUUCCAGUUUUUGGUUUUAUUUAUUUUUUUGGUAUAACCUUGUUAAACAUAACCAUACAACAUUUAACAUAGGAUUUAUUUUUUCAGUACAGGUGUACCCAAAACUAAAAAGUCUAAAUUUAUAGACAUUAUAAACGUGUCUCUGUAAGACGUAGAGUUUGAUACAUUUCCACCAG